AUGAAUUGUAAAAAAUAGCAGGUUGAAGAUUUGUAUGGGCUUUUGGCUUAAUCUAAAGCUAUUGAUGAAGUGGACUUCCUUAUCCUCAUUAAAAUGUUGGAGAGAGAGAAAACCCAAGACUGCCUAAAUUUUUUCUCACAAUAUCAAAAUAUAUAGCAAAUAGAAAAAGAAAGAUAAGAGGUAACAAUUUAAUCGAUACUUGAUAAAGAGUAGAUACUCAAUUUUGGAAAGAAUAAUGUUAAAAGAAUAUUUGAAGUUCUCAAAAAAAUUGAGGAUCAUGAUUUUAAUAGAUAUAAUUACUCUGGAGAAGAAUAUAAAGAAAUUAAAUAAGAUCUGAUCGCAAAAAUAUCUUAGGAUAAGAAGAUCAUAGAAUUAUUAAAAUUUUUAGUUAAUCUGACUGCUUUAGAUGAGAGAUUUAUAUAGUGUGGAUCAAAUUCUCUUCAUUUAUUAGUGUAAAUAAAGGUUGAUUUGAAGGGAUACUCUUUUGAAAAUAUUAGAAUAAGAAAUACUUCUUUACUAGGAGCAAAUUUGAUGAGAUGUGACUUAAGUGGAUCUGAAUUUGAAAAUGUCAUUGUUAGUGGAAUGAAUUUGAAUGAAGCUAAAUUAUUUAAUUGUAAAUGGAUGAAUCUAAGAAUAGAAGAGUUACGCAUCUUAGAUGGCCAUCAUAGUACUGUAAACUAAGUUUACUUUUCUUUUAAUGGCUAGUAAUUAAUAUCUUGCAGUGACGAUAAAUCCAUUCGUUUUUGGGAUGUGAAAACAGGGAAAAUAAAAUGUGUAAUAAAAGGAAAUAGGGAGGUAAAUUCUGUAUGCUUCUCUCCUAAGAAUACAAUUUCAGCAUCUUGCAGUGGUGAAUUUGUGUAUUUAUGGAAUCUUAACACAGGAAAAUAAGUAUUAAAAUUUAUUGGUCACACUGAUUGCAUUCGAUCAAUCUGUUUCUCUCCUUAUGGCACUACAUUAGCAUCAGGUAGUGAUGAUAAGUCUAUCCAUUUAUGGGAUAUCAAGACAGGAUAAAAAAAGGCCAAAUUAGCUGGUCAUUCUAGCACUGUUACAUCAGUUUGUUUCUCUCCUGAUGGUACUAAAUUAGCAUCUGGGAGUGGAGAUAAAUCUGUUCGUUUAUGGGAUAUUAAGACAGGAAAAUAAAAAGCCAAAUUUGUUCGUCAUUCGAUAGGAAUUUCAUCAGUUUGUUUCGCUCCUGAUGGUCGUACAAUAGCAUCAGGUAGUGGAGAUAAAUCUAUCCUUUUAUGGGAUAUUGAGACCGGGUAUUAAAAUGGCAAAUUAGAUGGCCAUUCUAGCACAGUUACAUCGGUCUAUUUCUCUCCUGAUGGUACUACAUUAGCAUCAGGUAGUGGAGAUAACUCUAUCCGUUUGUGGGAUAUCAAGACAGGAUAGUAAAAAGCCAAAUUAGAUGGUCAUUCUGGCAUAGUUAAAUCAGUCUGUUUUUCUUCAAAUGUGGAGAUAAUUCUAUUCGGUUAUGGGAUUUUAAGACAGGAUAAUAAAAAGUCAAAUUAGAUGGUCAUUCAUAUUGGGUUUCAUCAGUCUGUUUCUCUCCUGAUGGUUCUACAUUGGCAUCUGGUAGUGGAGAUAAGUCUAUCUGUUUAUGGGAUGUUAAGACAGGAUAAUAAUAUGCCAAAUUAGAUGGUCAUUAAAAUUAUGUUUAUUCAGUCUGUUUCUCUCCUGACGGUACUACAUUAGCAUCUGGUA